AUGCGAUUCCACAUUGCCGUUGCCCUUCUGGCCACCUCGGUGGUUGCCCAGGGUCCCUUUGCCAACUCCACCUCCGCUGUUGUUCCUCAGUCUUCUCAGCCUGCCAACUCCUCUUCUAGCGCCCCCCAGAGCUCUGCGCAGUCCACUACUCCCCUACCUGUGUCCUCUGCUCCUGUCUCGAGCUCUGCUGUCCCCUCCAGCUCUGCUGUCCCCUCCAGCUCUGCUGCCCCCGUUUCUUCGGUUCCUUCCAGCUCUGCUGCUCCCGUUUCUUCGGUUCCUUCCAGCUCUGCUGCUCCCGUUUCUUCGGUUCCUUCCAGCUCUGCUGCUCCCGUUUCUUCGGUUCCCUCCAGCUCUGCUGCCCCCGUUUCUUCGGCUCCUUCCAGCUCUGCUGCUCCCGUUUCUUCGGUUCCCUCCAGCUCUGCUGCCGCUGGUUCUGCUUCUGAGGCUCCUGUUGCUGCCAACUCUACCUCUCCUGUUGCCAGCUCUGCUCCUGUCAGCUCCACCACUCCUGUCAGCUCUACCACUCCUGUCAGUUCUGUUGCCCCCUCCUCUGCGGUCCCCGUUGCUUCCAAUUCUACCUCUCCUGCCUCGAGCUCUGCUCCCGUCAGCUCUACCACCCCUGUGAGCUCUGCUGCUCCUUCCUCCGAGGCUCCUGUGGCUGCUAACUCCACCACCCCCGCCGCUUCUUCUGCUGCUCCCGUCUCUUCUCAGGCCACCACCCCUCUUCCUUCCUCUGCCCCUGCCAACUCCACUGCUCCCGCCUCUAGCUCUGCCGCAGCUGCCGCUGGUACUGAUGCUCCCGUUGCUGCCAACUCCACCACCCCCGUUGCCAGCUCCGCUGCUCCUACUACCCCUCUGAGCUCCACCGCUGCUGCUGCUGGUACUGAUGCCCCCGUUGCUGCCAACUCCACCACCCCCGUUGCCAGCUCCGCUGCUCCCACCACUCCUCUGAGCUCCGCUGCUACUGCUUCUGCUGUUGAACCCGCCUCUUCUGCCGCUCCCGUUGCCAACUCUACUACUCCUGUGGUCCCCGUUGGCUCGUCUACCACCCCUGUUGGCUCUUCCGUUGAUGCUGCUUCUUCUGCUGCUCCUGUUGCCAACUCUACCACUCCCGUGGUCCCCGUUGGCUCGUCUACCACCCCUGUUGGCUCUUCCGUUGACUCUGCCUCUUCCGGUGCCUCUGCUCAACCUGCCUCUUCCACCAAUGGUACUGCUCCCGUUCCCGUUACUUCUGCCCACGACUCUUCUGCUGCUUCUUCUGCCACUGCUGCUUCUUCUGCCGCUGCUGCUGCCUCCAAGGACGGAGCUGCCUCUGGAACUGCUGCUCCUGUGGUCACUGACACUGAGAUCUACACCGCUACCUCCACCGUCACCGCUACCUACUGCCCCGUCUGCGAGUCUGGCUCCAAGUGGCAGCACCCCACCGGCUCCUCCGUCCACGGAGUGAAGACCGUCACCGUCACAAGCGCCACCAAGACUGUCACCGUCACUUGCGAGACAUCCGGCUCCUCCACAAUCAUCCACGGUGCCGAGAAGACCACUGAGUCUGGUGUUGCUGUCGUUACUGUCACCAAGGACGUGACCAAGACCGUCACCGUCUCUUGCUACUCUUCCGGCACUUCUACCUGGUACGCUCCUAAGGUCACUGAAUCUGGCGUCCACGUUGUCACCGUCACUCCCGGCAAGUCUGUGGCUGCUGUCCCUGCCCCCACCACCGUCAUCGAGGGUAUCACCAAGACCGUGACUGUCUCUUGCCUGACCUCCGGUACCUCCACCUGGUACGAGCCCAAGGUCACCGAGUCUGGAGUGGCAGUUGUUACCGUCACCCCCGGUGUCCCUGCUCCUGCUCCUGUCCAGUCCAAGGCUACCACCCCCGCCGCUGUUGUCCCUGCUCCCGCCCCCGUUGUCUCUGUCUCUACCAAGACUGUCACCGAGAACGGUUCUGUCCGAGUCGAGGCCACCACCGUCACCCAGCCCCACGCCGUAGUCUCCAAGGCUUCCCCCGUUGUCUCUGUCUCUACCAAGACUGUCACCGAGAAUGGCUCCGUCCGAGUCGAGACCACCACCGUCACCAAGACCCCCGCUGUGAUCUCCAACGCUCCCGAGGCUCCCGCCCAGGCCCCUGCUCAGUCCGCCGCCCCCAAGGCUCCCGCCCCCGGCUCUGUCAAGCCUGUCCCUGCUCCUUCCUUCGCCGUCUCAGCUUCUCCCGCCUUCCCCAAGGCCCCCGAGGUGGCCCAGGUGUCUCCCUCUUCCGUUACCGGUCCUUCUCAGGCCAACGGUGGCUCCAUCGCCAAGCCCACCAUGCUGGUUAUGGUUCUUUCUUUCGCCGCUCUCCUCAUCUAG